UCAGUGCUUUACACAGUAUGGCCGGCGAUAUUAGCUAGCACUCGCUAACGGUAUUCUCUGAAAAAGGGAAGACGGUAACUCAAGAAAAUCAACACCUGGAUUGUUUAAAGGACUGUACCUCAAUAAAUUAUAACGGAUCGAGGAAGGAUUAAUCAAGUUGUAAACGUUACAACCAAAGUUUGAUUUUUUUUGUUGGGUGUCGGUUGUCUCAUGAUGGAGGAUAACGGUGCACAUUUCUUCGAGGGGACUGAGAAGCUGUUGGAAGUGUGGUUCUCUCGGCAGGACGAGAGCAAAGGAACCGGGGACCUCCGUACCAUCCCAAGGUUUGAGUGGGACAAACUUUUGGAGAAUGUGCAUUGUUUGAUCAUAAGUGUGACAAAGUCUGACAAGCAGGAAGCUUAUAUACUCAGUGAGAGUAGCAUGUUUGUCUCCAAGAGACGUUUCAUUUUGAAAACGUGCGGAACCACCCUCUUACUGCAAGCACUGGUGCCUCUGCUGGAACUCGCCAGGGAGUACUGCGGGUUUGAUGCCAUCGAGAACUUCUUCUACUCCCGCAAGAACUUUAUGAAGCCAACCCAUCAAGAGUUCCCUCAUCGAAACUUCCAGGAGGAAGUGGACUUUCUUAGCCAGAUUUUCCCAAAUGGUGCAGCCUACUGUAUGGGACGUUUGAACUCUGACUGCUGGUACCUGUUUACCCUGGACUUACCAGAGUACUGGGAGAACAAGCUUGCGGAUCAGACGCUGGAAGUUCUGAUGAGUAACCUCGAUCCAGCCAUUAUGGACCAGUUCUAUAUGAAAGAUGGUGUUUCUGCAAGUGAUGUCACUCGUAUGAGUGGAAUUCGUGACCUGAUACCAGGUUCUGUGAUUGACGCCACAAUGUUCAACCCUUGUGGAUACUCAAUGAAUGGAAUGAAGACUGACGGAACAUACUGGACCAUCCACAUCACCCCGGAGCCAGAGUUCUCCUACGUCAGUUUCGAAACCAAUCUCUCCCAGACAUCGUACGAUGAUCUGAUCAGUAAGGUGGUGGAGGUGUUCAAGCCAGGGAAAUUCGUGACCACGCUUUUUGUCAAUCAGAGCUCCAAAUGUCGCAGUGUCUUUUCUCCGGCCCAGAAAGUGGAGGGCUACAAGCGCCUUGACCGCCAGCUGGCUCAAUUCAACGAUUACAAUUUUGUCUUCACCAGCUACGCCAAGAGCCGCGGGCAGAGUCAGCAGAGCUGAGGGUUGAGGAUGAAGAAGCGUAAAAAAAAAGGCGGCUGCGUGGGGAGUCCCCCCUGCGGCUGUCUCCAUCCCCCAGUAGAGAGCUUGUCCUGCUCCUUUCUCUUCUUCUCCCCCCCCUUCUGCUGCUGUCGUCGUUCAGGACCUCUGGGUGCUGACGCGGGCCCUACUUUACCUCCCAGUUUGAGUUGUUUGCAUCGUUGUACCUGUGACUUAGAUCUCUUGCAUGAAAGCUCUUUUCUCUGUUUCGAUAUUCUAGCUCACUCUUGCUGUGAUCUUGAAGUGCAUGUAGAGGAGUUAAACACGCUCGGUUUGGGGCUGUCCACCUGUGCCCAGUCCAACAGACCCUUCCUGCAGGUCUCCCCUCUCAUCCCCCACAGACAAGGCUUCCGCCCGCACUAGGCUGGAGCCCUGACAUGCUCAGACCCGUCUGCCUCUAAGCACCACCCCCGCUUGUCCCUCUCUAACAUGACCAUAGCUCUCCACCUCACCUAUAGGUAUUUUUGAACUUUGAGUGCACUUUAAAAAGCUCUUUGCUUGUGGUACGAAAAAGAAGGCCAACCUUUAGUCUGCUGAAUGUAUACGUCAUGGUGAGCUGUUGGCCAUUUAGUGGUCGUCCCAUAGUCGGGACAUAUUAGAGUUAUUUGAAAACUAAUGCCAUAUUUACUGUUUUAAUGUUGAAAUAUACGUCCAAAUGUUUGCAAUUGGUCAAGGAACUUCACUGAAGACUUCUUGCCUUGCUGGGAUUUGAAGCAUUCAGUAAUUGGUGCUUCUCCACGCUGACAGUCAUGCAGUCCGUGUUUCCCAAGGCCGACUGGAAACUGUAUUAAUAAUUUAGACAUCACAUGCACGCUCUGUUUCAUCCGGGCUUCUUUAUUUACAGAAUUCUGUAUCUAGAGGUACCCUCUGGGUCUUGAACCCCCCCCACCCCCACACACACACACACACACACACACACACACACACACACACCAGCCAUAUUCAGCACAUUCACAUGACAUGUUAAAACUGAAUGUAGCACAGCCGGGGAUAGACACGUUUGUCCCUCGUCUUUUGAAUGUACACAGCCAGAGAAAAGCCCAGACCGGGUUUUUAGCAAGAGUACACACACGCGCACACACACACGCACACACACACACACACACACACACUCACAACUCAUAAUGCCCUGUGCUGCAGGUCUCCCCUGCCAGAGACGGCCGGUCAGCUGGCCUCGGAGCCCUGACAAGCGGCUCCUGGAUGCACCCGCUCUCAAAGGGAAAUAAUGAAUCAGACACUUUUUGCUUAGUUGCCCAGCAAAGCAUUUUUCUUUUUCCCACAUAACAUCCAUCCUCUCUCUGUCUCUUUCCGCCCCAUACAGAAAUCUGUAAGCGCACAAUAGAGGCCCACCAGUCUGAGCAUGCCAGGGUGAUCCCGGAUCAUUCCACAUGUAACCGCUGCAUAAACUGCCGUUUUAUUACAUUUAUUGUGCCCAGACAUUUUUUGCAGUGAAUUGGUCGAAAACAUGUCUCCCCAGCAGUUUUUUUUUUUUUUGUCUGGAUCAAUGCCCUUUGUUUGUUGAGGGGAAAAUCCUGUGAAACUAUGGUGCAUGUGACCAUAGUGGCGUGUUGCUUGACAGUGUAGCACAGCGCCGUCUCUUGUAGGUCUGUGGGCUUCACCUUUUUUUCUUUUUUUUACCAGCUGAUAGCAUUUCCUCGUGUGUUAGGGAUAGGUGGGGUCAGGUUAACUUGUAUUAUUCCUAUUGUUCUUAUGCUAUGUGCUGAAUGCAGGUUAGGUUUCUGAGUUAUGACGGUCUUCUCCGCCUGCCGUUCUUUUCAGUGGUGUUCACGAUGCUUCUCCUGCCAGAGAAUCAGUUUGAAUUUGAGCUGGACAAGACAUGCCCAGAUCCUAACCUGCCUUUAGCCGGCGGUUCAAUCAAUGUGUUCUUUGGGGGUUUGUCUGGUGACGCAUCAGCAGAUAACAGCAGUGCAGUCAUCUCACAGAUCCUCUGAACUGGUUGGAACGGUUAAUGUAAGAACAAGCAGGGAGUUGUCUCUUGGAAUGGUUUCCUUCUGAGUUGUCCAUCAUGGCUUUUUGAAUUGGUUUAAUUGUUUUCCUGAGGACCAAUCUCUGCUGUCUAAUGACUGAGGUGAUCUGCUAUGAUGUUCCAGGUCCUUUUUAUGAAGUCACAUAUUUAGGGAUUUAAACUGUUCAUGAGUACUGAAGCAGUUUGAUGCUAACUGUUCUUGGAUUAGCUACAUUUUAGCCUUGUUGGUGUGAAUCAGUAUGCUAUUGUUUUAUUUUUUUAUACAGUGAACUCAAAAUGCAUUUUUGCAGUUGAAUGGUUAUAGAAUUUUAUACAAAAAAUAUUUUGUAUUUUUGAUGCGGACCAAUCUUCUUUUUUUUUCUCUUCCCCUUUUGUCCAAAUGUUUGUUUUGUCUUGAAAGCAGUUAGUUCUGAAGUUAUUGAGGAUUAAACCAUGAUUUGUAAUUUCCACCUUCCUUUCCUCUGAGGGGAGGGGAGGGGGAGGGGGAGGGGGUCAGAGAGGGUGCAGUUGCAGGAUGUACUGAAGGAGAAAUUUGGCUGUUCUAAUUCUUUCUUUUGCUUUUCUUUGGAUGGUCAAGAUGUGCUAAAUAUAUCUGUGCUAUGAGCUUGAUGCUUCAAUAAAAAGAAACCUAUCUGUGCA